UUGUUUAACAACCCACUUCCGCGGUUAGCAACUGCUCUGCUUUCUUUAGCAUUUUCCACUCCGACAUACUCACAUUAUCAGAUUAACACUACCGGAAAACUUGCUCUGAUAGUCUAAUGCAUGCCUUGCCAUUUUACCUAAUUCUUAUUCUCACCCAACUCUCUUAUUGACUUUGAGAAGUGUGUAUAUUUCCCACUCUUUCUCUGUUUCUCACUCUCACUUCACAACUGGGAAAUUAAUAGACUCAGUUAUGGAGAGGCAGAGAAGCUUCUCACUGAAACCCACCAGAUUCUUGGUUUUCUCUUUCACAAUCUUCUCCUCUUUCAUCUUCCUCACUUUCUUCACCACUUGGCUAAUCAAAGCCACCCCUUCAGUUCCCCAACAAGUCCAUCUCCAGUUCAACAAGUCCUCAUUCGUUUUGGGUUUCAGACCCACAACCGUUCAGUCCUUAACUGGUUUCAGUGGAAACUUACCCUUAAAUGGUCUCAAAGAUUCAAUCUUGAAGACCACCCAUUUGAGCAAACCUGAAAAUGCUUCUGGGUCUGCUGGGAUUUCACUUCUUAAUGAAUCCAGAGUGGCACCACAUGAAGAAGAGAAAGGCGGUGGUGGGAUGGAUGGUAAUUUCACAGCAUUGGCACAAGUAGAGCAAACUGUGAGAGCAGAAGAAGUGGAAAAGAUUGAAUUAGUCUCGAGCAGUAGUAAGAAGAUUGAAGAGAACAAGACUGAAGCAACUGCAUUUGAAAAGAUUGAAAUUUCAAGAAGUGGGAAGGUUGAAGAUAAGAGAAAAAAUGGAGUAUGUGAUUUUACAAGAGGGAGGUGGGUUUAUGAUGAGAGCUAUCCUUUGUACACAAAUGGUUCGUGUCCUUUGAUAGAUGAAGGUUUUAAUUGUCAGGGCAAUGGGAGAUUAGAUAAAGACUACAUGAAGUGGAGAUGGCAACCCCAAGAUUGUGAAAUUCCAAGGUUCAAUGCAACAAAGAUGCUGGAGCUAAUAAGAGGGAAGAGACUAGUUUUUGUGGGUGAUUCAAUCAACAGAAAUCAAUGGGAAUCCAUGUUGUGCAUGUUAAUGGGAGCAAUAAAAGAUCCAAACAAGGUCUAUGAGACUCACAGGCGCAGAAUCACCAAAGGAAAGGGAAAUUACAGUUUUAGAUUUGUGGAUUACAAGUGUACUGUUGAAUAUUAUGUGAGCCAUUUCUUAGUUCAUGAAGGCAAGGCAAGAGUAGGGCAGAAGAGGAAGCAAAUCUUGAGAAUUGAUGCAAUUGAUCAUGGUUCAUCUAGAUGGAGAGGAGCUGAUAUUUUGAUAUUCAACACUGCACAUUGGUGGUCUCAUUAUAAAACUAAAGCUGGGAUUAAUUACUACCAAGAAGGCGGCCAAGUUCAUCCAAGGCUUGAUGUUUCCACAGCUUUCAGAAAAUCUUUGAUGACCUGGGCUUCAUGGGUUGAUAGAUACAUCAACCCACGCAGAACCCGAGUUUUCUUUCGUAGUUCAGCACCAUCCCAUUUCAGGGGAGGUCAAUGGAAUUCAGGCGGGAGUUGUAAGGAAGCUACUAAACCACUUGACACUUUAGGUGCUUCUUCUAGUGAGAAAAAUGUGAUUGCAGAGGAGGUCAUAAAGCAGAUGAAAACUCCCAUCACAUUCUUGAACAUAACUGGAUUAUCAGAAUAUAGAAUAGACGGUCAUCCAUCUAUAUAUGGAAGAAAAUCAGCCUCAGGCAGUCAAGACUGCAGUCAUUGGUGUCUUCCUGGCAUUCCUGAUGUGUGGAAUGAGUUGUUGUAUGCUCAUUUGCAGUAACUGAGAGUUACCGCUUACGAUUUUUCUAAAUUGUAAAUACUUUAAUUCUUUCAUUAUUUCUUAUAGCUAGCUUGUAAUGAGAGCGACCUGGAAAUGCAAGCGAGGAGAAUGUUUGAAACUUUUGUAGUUCUUAUAAGAAAUUCAUCAAUUAACCCUGCAUGCAUGACUAUCUUUACCU